CUAGAUAGUAUGCAAACGGAGCAGUCUCGAUGCGGGCAAUAGUUUCCACUGAGCAUUGCAUAUCUGCAGGAAGAUUUGUGGAGUAGGAUUUCAUAGUUGUGCGACUAAGUGGUUUGCAAGGAUUUGCACUUCCUUUGGGAAGCAGAUUUUCAGCCAGAUUAGAUUUUCCGGUUAGUGGAUGUGCUGCGGGGGUUAUAUCAAGUGUUCGUUACGGGGAGAAGGAGCGCUAGACACCGAAGUGCUGUGCUGCCUAUGCUGAGUGCUAAAUAGUGAGCGGUGACGAUUCUGGGGGCGCUUAGCUGCGAUUUUCUAGCCAAGAAGUCGGUCCAGCAUGUGAUGCUGCCCGCGAAAUGAUCCGCGAGGUGGUUGUGGUUAUUUUUAAUUCAUCUCGCGAUUGAAUUGAUAGUGAGGAGGCUGAGGUCGUCGCCGCUGGCUGUCGGGAUCGUCGCUACAUUGACUCGUUGUCGCCGCGCUGUUCGGGCUCUAGACAGCAUGGAAUGAAAAUCAGUUUUAUCGUCGCAAAAGUGUGGUCCACAAGUCGCGGUUCGUUCUUCCUCAGACUCUCGAUAUCCGCUUUUCGGUCGCCUGGAAAUCAGAAAGUGUUCGAGUGGUAUUCCGGGCAAUUUAACAGAAGUGUAGUGUUCUUUUCCGCCUCCUCUCUCGGUAUUUAGUUCGAACCCUGGCUGGUUGAGUCCUCGUUCGUGGCUGUGCAAAAAUCAACGGUGGCGAUAACGGAAAGGAAGACGGUAGGAAGGACAAUGGCAUCAUACAGUGAACAUGUGUGCUAGUGUAUGUUAAAGAUAAGGUGUAGCGCGCCGUUCGCUCUUGCUGCGAUUAUACUCGACGUGCUCCUCAAGUCCGAAAAUCUCGAAUCCUGGGAAAGUGAUAGGCAAGGAGUGAUUACGAGCGAUUGCAUGACCCUCCCACGCCGUGCUCAUUCGCUCUUCGCCCCGGAUGCUGGGCAUCAAGCGAAUUCCACGCGUUGAGUUAUUCGCUUUCAAGGAGACAGCCGACGGCAUUAACCAGUCACUUGUAGUCACUCGCUUAGAGCCUUUGAAGGAUAACGAAGUUUAGAUGCACCAGCAGCUGAUCCUAUACGUGAAACCGUAACAGCUAGUGGAGUUGAAAGGCGGAGAAUGUGUUUAAGGCGGUGAACAAGCUGAUGGAUUGAAGCAGUCUGAAUGAAAGUCCUGACGGGGCAAGAUGGAAUACGUUUGGAGGACUAUAAACCAAGGUUUAUCAUGUUGAAUCUCAGAUCACUGUACGAUAAUGAUGUCAUUUAGGAGUUUACAAGGAAUUACUGCGCCAACAGGAACAGCACUACCGUAGAAAUAUACAACGUUUUAUUAUUUAUGCAGGAAUAUACCACUGUUCUACCUAGCGAAAAGGAUAGUUAACAAAUAUCUGGUCUAAAUAUAAGGAUUACUUUAGAGAAGAAUACCUGAAGCCUUGACUGGAAGGAGUUUCUGAAUAAACGUGGAUUUGGCGAAACGUGUCCUUUUCCUUUUGUACAAUAGUAGUUACUGCGAAGCUCAAGAUAGAGAAUUGAAACUUUGAAAUGGCGUCACCUCCAGAUAGUCCAAUUGAAGAGGUUGUUUACGAAUUAGAACCUUCACGUGUGCCUAAACCAAUUCCAGUUGCUCUUGAGGACUUAUGUCGACAAACCAAAUUUACACGGCAGGAAAUUCGAGUUAUGUAUCGCGGCUUCAAAACGGAAUGUCCUGAGGGAGUUGUUCACGAGGACUGCUUUAAGGAUAUUUAUGCAAAAUUCUUUCCACACGGCAAUUCCAGCCUAUAUGCGCAUUAUGUGUUCAAAGCAUUCGAUGUUAAUUGUAAUGGAGCAAUUAGUUUUCGGGAUUUACUUGUCACGCUGUCGACGCUAUUACGGGGUUCUGUCUACGAGAGGCUGCGGUGGACCUUUAAGUUAUACGACCUGAAUGGGGACGGUUGUAUUAGCCGAAAUGAAUUAGGCGAUGUUGUGAUGGCAAUACAUGAACUGAUGGGACGAAGAGCACAUCAACCUGAGGACGACAGGAAAGCAAGGGAUCAGGUUGAUCGAGUUUUUCGGAAGCUAGACCUAAAUCAAGACGGUGUAAUCACUAUAGAAGAAUUUCUUGAAGCAUGUUUAAAAGAUGACCUAGUUACGAGAUCUUUACAAAUGUUCGACACAGGGCUUUGAUGACCACCAGAUGAACCAAAUAUUAGCAAUAAGAAUAAAAAUUCAAUUUCACUAAUUGAUCUUUAAACUAGUUUUAAGGUUAGUCAUCUUAAAUCAGAAAACAGAAGAAAAACAAGAAAAAAAUUCAAAAACAUACCCAUUCAAGAAAAACAGGAGCAGCAACAUGUUAACAUGAAAUAAAAAACUAAAAAAUAUUAAAAAAAAAUAAAAAAAACUAUCCACAAAAAUAAAAGCAAAACUAGGAAACUUGAACAUAUUACAGAAUCCUUGGGAAAUCUUCACCCGAUUGUUGAUGAUAACUUCAUAUGAUACGUUCCAUUGAGAAUAAUUGAAUUCUUUACGCUUAUAUGAAUACUUAUGUGAAUGAAUAGUAUGAAAUUAUGAAAUGGUUUUAUUUCCUUUUGGCUAACAUGAGAUUAUUAUAUAUAUAUGUAUAGAUAAUGGGAAAAAAUAGUUUCGUAAGCUUACUUUAAAUUAUUCGUCGUUUAUAAACAGGGUGUGAAGCGAGUCUUAGUUUUCUAUCAAGGAAACAUUUCGUACUAGAAACAUUAAGGAAAAAGGAAAAACAAUUACAAAACAUUGGAAGAGUAAACAAAACAAACAAUUUUUAAAAUACAUUUUUAGUGUUAUAUAGAAAUUAAUUAUUAUUUAAUUUUUAGAAAAUACAUUUAAUAUUGACAUCGGCACUACAUUACACCGUAUUCGAUUAAAAUCAAAUUAAAUAUUAUUAAUUAAAAAUGAAAUUAUGAAAUUUACUAUCAAAUUCGAAAAUGAUAUAUUCCUUUUUCUAUUCAAUAUAAACAUAAUACGUUCAGGUUAGUGAUUAAAUCGCUCUGUUUGAAUAGCAUAAAAUUAAUCUCCACAUUUCAAAAUGUUAUAAUCGAAUGUCUUCCAAAUGUAAAUAAAUAUUCAAUUGUAUUUGCUUUUUUCCUUUUACUUAAAAAUUUGGUUAGCAUAUUCUAAAAAUGAAACUACGCAGUUAUUGUUAUUAUAUUCCAAAAAUAGUAUUGCUAAAGGUAUGGUUUAAAUAUAAAUUCUUUAAAGUAGAUUCAAAAUUUCCUUCGGGAAAACUGCACGAUUUUGUUUUAAUUUCUCUAAAUUUUCAUAAUUAGCACUUCACUUUUUAAAUUUGCUAUUUGUUAAUUUUCUAUCAUUUCUAUUUAUUCAUGAUUUAUAAAUCUUAUUUUCUACACCCAAAAUUAAAUAAAGAAGUAAAUAAUUACAUAAUAUUAUCCAGAUUAUCGAGAUUGUGAAGAAUUUAUUGUCAUUUCUUUGUAUAUUUUUUAAAUUAUAAUUUCGAUAUGAACGCGAUAGUAUGGAAAUAAAGCAUAUAUAUCUGUUGUUAUAAAAAUUCGAUAUUAAUAUUGAAUUUCAAUAAUAAAAUAAUAAAACCGCCAACAUAUUUUCCCGAAUACCUCAAAUCAACGAGCUUCUUUAAAUAAAUCAUUUAUGCCUCCAAAAGCUUAAGAAAUAUUUGAACCAUAUUGAUAAUACAGAUUUCUAAUAACAUAAACAAUGCAUGUUAAAUGAAACACUUUAUUUACAAUGAUCCUUCUAUUGCAGGGACAAUUCACUAUUCAUACCCCCAAAAAUGAAGGAAAACAACGAAUGAGGACUAGGAAAAUGUGCGAAAAAUCGUAAAAUUACCACAAUACCAUGAAACAAAUAUAAAUUCGAACUCCUUGGUAGCAAUAAUGAUUUUGAAAUAUGCCUAUCUAAAGAUAUCCAAUCCAACUCAAAUUGAAAUGUAUGUGGGGCUGUGAAAAUCGGA